AUGAAGAGAGAUCCUUUUACUUCAAGAUUAGCAAAUGAUCAAACGUCUUUUAAUUCUAAGUCGCAUUAUACAUCUCUUUUGCUAAUCCCAUCAACCCAAAGAAAUAAGGAUUUCAAGAGAGGAUAAAGUAUAGGCCCAAUUGUUGAAUAAAAUAAAUUACAGCCUCCAGCAUCAAGCUAGGGAGUUGGGGAAAGAUUAGCCUAGACUCUCAGUUCUUUUUAAAGGCCAACUACCGGAAAAAAAAGUAGUAAACACACAAUGAAUAGUUUAUCUCCUAUAUCUAUAAACGCAAGACAUCUAACAACCUUUCAAUAAAGAGAUCAUUCAGUGGCAUCUUUGACUGAUAGUAUAAAGAAUACGAAUAAUAAUUUGAAAGUGGCCAAAGAAUCACAUAAUAGCUUUAUCAAACAAUUCAAAUUACUUGAUAAGUAGCUUGAGACUCUAAAUUUGUAAAGAAAAGAAUAACUUGUUGAAUAUGAAGUAGUUAAAACAAAAUUAUCUCAACUAAGUCUUUAUCUGCUUUAAGAUAUUGAUAUGAACAGAGCUUUUUCAUCAGUUAGAUAGCUCGAAUCUAAUCAGAUUAAUAUUCUGGAAUAGUUCUUAUCAGAAAUCUAGAAGACAUGUAGAGCUCAGCUAGCUUUCAAUAUUUAAGGUAUUGGAUUAAUGGACAUAAACCAAGUUACUAUAUAAUACGAUAAAAAAAGAGCUAUUAGUAACUAAAAAUCAGCUGCUAAAUCAUUGAUAGCAGAGAGAUUCUACUUUAAAGAAUCUCCUUGA